CAGGACCCUGCAUUCACUUUAUCCAGUCUUCCACAGACCCUGCAUUCACUAUAUCUGGUCUCCCACAGACCCUGCAUUCACUAUAUCUGGUCUUCCACAGUACACAGAACAUGGAAGUGUAAUUAUUUUAGUAAAUAUAAACUGCUAAAUACCUUUCCUCAUCAGCAGUAUAUAGCAGUCUUGUGACCUCUAUCAGUCUCCAGCAGAGCACUGGUUACAGCUUGCAGGAAGAGUUUUUAUUCUCCCCU